ACAAGCUAGCCGAUAGCUAGCUAGCAAUUUAUAACAAAAUGCAUAUCUUUUCGCUAGUCAAGAGGAUGCCCUAGGAGCGGAAUAAAUGUUUGCAUGAAGCGAUAGUGUUUAUGGGGUGCUUUGCGUAAUCGCCGGAGUGUUUUCACCCAUUUUAAUGAGCCGCAAAUCCCAUUUUUUUCGGCCCAUGGAGCCACAGCACCCGAACAAGAAAGCAUCCGAGCACCGUUUGCGGAUGUGAAGAAGGGACUUAGCGUUAUUUGGAGGAGUAGCUAAGAUACUACAGACUGGUAUUUUAAUCUGGAAUACUCCGUAUGCUUGAAUGGACACUUCAGAUACCACUUGAUGGCCAGGGGUUGAGUGAAAGUAGGGGAUUUUCUUCCAUCUUUCCACACAGCUGUUCUCCUCUGUGCAACGCUGAUCCUGUCAUUAAAUCCUCUGUCACAGCGCCUUCACCAAGAACCCUUGCCAGCUCUUCAGUGCCACUUGCUGAAAUGGAUUGGGCCACACCAGCUGCCAAACUCAAUCCCUACACCCGAGCCCGCAUGACAGAGGCCUGGCAGCAGCACGCAGUCGCUCCACCUCAAGUUGUCCACACCAUCCCUCCAGGAGCUGAGAACGCGUUGGGCUGCGCUGUGUAUGGCAUCGUACUGCAGCCAGAUGCCACGUCUUUACAGCAGCAGCAGCAGACGCAGCAUGGACAGCACAGCCAGCACGGCCAACAACACAGCGGGAGUCAGCAGCAUGGAGGGGGGCAGCACGGUCAGCAGCAGCAGCACCCCGCCCAGGCCCAGCAGACCUCCCUACAGGUAGGGACAGAGGGAGGACACAAGUGUGGGGCCUGUGGACACGAUAUCUCCCACCUGGCCAACCCACAUGAGCACCAGUGCAUGGUGAGUCAGGACAGGUCAUUCCAGUGCACCCAGUGCAUGAAGAUUUUUCACCAGGCGACAGACUUGCUAGAACACCAGUGUGUUCAGGUGGAGCAGAAGCCGUUUGUGUGUGGGGUGUGUAAGAUGGGCUUCUCUCUACUCACCUCUUUAGCCCAGCACCACACAUCCCAUAACAGCUCCAACCCAAUGAAAUGCUCAAUAUGUGAGAAGACCUACCGUCCCGGUUCUUCUGGUAACGUCACACCCAACUCAAAUAACCCCCAGCAGCCCAGCAGUGAUGGAGCAUCAGCCAGCAGCAGCUCAUCUAUUCUACCUUUUCCCUCGGCCCGAGACCGGCCGUACAAAUGCUCUGUUUGCCAGAAGGGCUUCAAACACCUGUCAGAACUCACACGGCAUGAGAGGGUGCACACAGGAGAGAAGCCCUUCAAAUGUGAUACGUGUGACAAGGCCUUCAGCCAGUCGUCACACCUACAGCACCACCAGCGGACACACAGCAGCGAACGUCCAUUCAAGUGUGCUGUUUGUGAAAAGAGUUUCAAGCACCGCUCCCACCUUGUGCGCCACAUGUAUGUGCACUCCGGUGAGCACUUGUUCAAAUGCAACUUGUGUGAGCUGCACUUCAAAGAGUCGUCAGAGCUCCUCCACCACCCCUGCCACCCGCAGGGUUCCCGGCCGUUUCGCUGUGCAACAUGCGGUAAGGGUUUCAAGCGUCCGUCUGACCUUCGCCAACAUGAGCGCACGCACUCAGAGGAGCGCCCUUUCCACUGUGACGAGUGUCAGAUGAGCUUUAAGCAGCAAUAUGCAUUAGUGCGCCACCGACGCACACACAAAGAUCCUACUGACCGGCCAUUCAAAUGCAAUCUGUGCGACAAGGGCUUCAUGCAGCCCUCUCACCUCCUCUACCACCAGCACGUCCACGGCAUGGACAACCUGUUCAAGUGCGCCUCAUGCCAGAAGGAGUUCAGCCAGUCAGGAGAGCUGCUCAGACACAAGUGUGGCGAGACGUCCAACACUUCGCCCGACAAGCCGUACAAAUGUGACGUUUGCGGCAAGGGCUACAAAAAGAGUUCCACGUUACAGCGACAUCAAAACUCUCACUGCCAAGAGAAGCCCCUCAAGUGCUCGCUCUGUGACCGCCGCUUCCUGUCAUCUUCGGAAUUUGUCCAGCACCGCUGCGACCCAUCGCGGGAAAAGCCGCUGAAGUGCCCUGACUGUGAGAAACGUUUCAAAUACUCAUCGGACUUGAACCGACACCGGCGCGUGCACACGGGGGAGAAACCGUACAAAUGCGGCCACUGCAACAAGGGCUUCAAACAGCGCGAGCACCUGACCAAACACCAGAGCACGCACUCCAGAGAGGGCCAGUUCAAGUGUGUUUGGUGCGGCGAGCGCUUCAGUGACUUGGGUUCUUUGCAGGACCACACGGUGCAGCACACAGCCGAUGGAGGGGGUUACCCUGUGCCACAGUGCAUAUAAAUCCUCGGAGACUUUUGAACAGACAGUCCCCUGAACUCCUGUCUUCUUGUCUAUCCGUUUUAGGCUUUUUAUUAGCCUAACUAUCACCACAUCUGCAGGACAGUCCAGGCUAUUAUUAAUACAUUCAUUCCUACAGAAGGUUUUUGCUGCUUUACAAACUGCCCGUAGGCCAUCAGUCAUUCCAUAAAAUCCUGAGGGUUUUCUUUUUCCUGCGCUUCCUUUUUGUGCUACUUCUUUUUCUUCUUAUACCUGUCCUCCCUUUUUUUUCUCACCUCCACACUCAGACAGUUGAUAGCAAUGAAGAGGCUGCAACCACUUAACCAUCAUUUGUACUUAGACGGUCGCAGACAGAAACAUGUGCCAUAAUAGAGGUUGAUGUAGCAAACAAUGAGAUCCCUUCUAAUUUCCUCCCCUCAGAAAAGGAAAAUGUUGUAUUCUAAGAGGGUUUUGCUUUUAUUUUUCAGACAUAGUUUGGCAGUAAGUAUUGUGUAAGGUGGCGAGUCUCCACCUAAACUGACCGGGCCAGAAAACAUUGUGACUGCUAGAGCAUCCACUGGCAGAGGAUCAUUGGCCUGUUUAUUCUUUCCUCCUCGGUUUCUCUGAUGACAUCUCUUCCCUGCUCCUCAUCUUCUCCCUCCUUCAUUCUUCUCCUCAUCUCUCCUUUCUGUUGCAUCCUCCUCUUCCUGUCUCAGCCUUUAGCCGUUUAGUAUCAAAAGACUGCAAAGUCUGACUAACACAUACGCUCCGAUUCAUUUGUCUUCAGUCAGGUGAGGAAAGACUUCCACUUUAGGUUUUCAUCCCCCGCAGUAAUACAGAAACAGCGUAUCGACUGUUUUGGUCCCGACCCAACCCCCUGUUUCCACAUCCCUCUGGGUUUUAGUAUUUUUACACUUAUUAUUUAUGAAGUUGCCAGUAAGCUCCUCAGCAUAUGUGAAGGGAACGGUGUGGAGGCAGUUUAGGGAUUUAUUGUCCUAUCGUGAAAUAAUUCUGAUGAUGACGUGUUGUGAGUUUAUGUGUGGGCCAUGGUUUUCAUGGCUACACCUGUUACCAAAACACCAGAAUGAGGCAGCACCCGAUCCCAAAGGUGUGCAGACUAACCAACCAGCUUAAGUUAACCAAUAAAAAGCCUGACGAUCGAUACCAAUCUCACCCUUCAGUAUAGACGUAUAUAUAGAAAUAUAUAUUUCACACUAAUAUACUUGUGAUAUUCCUGCAGAGGUCAGCGCUGUUAGAUUCAUGUGUCCUGAGACACUUCUCUCUCAGCCUGUACAUACAGUGGAUGUGUGAGUGUACUGCGGCAGAUGGGUUGGAAACUUGUCUUUCUUAAGAACAAUAUGUAAGAACUGUUUUUGUAUCCUUGCUACUUUUUGCCAUGUGAAAUGUUUUGACAAAAGCUUUUUGUUGUUUAUUGUUUGUAGUCCAUGUAGUGAUUGUAUCGGUCUGUCGUAGGGAAUCUCAAAGAGCACCGUCUGUGUGCGUGUGCGUGCGUGCGUGCGUGCGUGUGUGUGUGCGCGUGUGCGCGCGUGCGUGCGUGCGUGCGUGUGUGUGUGUGUGUGUGUGUGUGUACGGUAUUCUGUCAAACAGGGAAAUUCAGACUGUAGAGAAAUGUAUUAGAAAUGUUUCAACAGACCUGCGCCUUGUUUUGAUUUACUAACCUUACUGGUCUGUCUGAGCUGUUUUUUGCAGGACGAACCUGCACUUUGUUUUUAAUAUUUUCCACAUUUGGAAGAGACUUUUAAUACUGGUUUUCCUGUUACAUGUUGCGUUCAGGUUGCUGUGUCCGUCAGAGUGAGUUUAUACCAGAGUGAGUGACACCUUCCUCUCCUUUGAAUGCUAUGAGAUUCUAGUCACGCUUCAGAAACCUGGAACACAAGUUGGUUUACAUGUCAGCUGUGAUCGCCAUUGUUCCUUUUUCUGUUCAUCUGGGCAGCUGUCUCCUCUCUCCCCUCCUCCUCCUCCCCCUCUUUUACUCUUCAUUCAUGGUUCUAGUGCAGUAUUGAAAAGUAUUGAAUACAAACGGAGGAGGCCAAGGAGACGGAAGUGGCAUUUUUAAAAAUUCUGGCUUGCGAUUCUUUUCUUUUUGUUUUAGCCUUAAAAUGAGGCCAUGGUGCCUCUCUCUCCUUCCUCCUCCCGCCUCUGCUUUCUGUCUCUGUCCUUCAUCAUCAUCAUCAUGCGAGGUCAGAUGGUUGGUUCCGUCAGCCAUCAUGUUUUUUUAUUGUUUUUUUCUCAAUCUGGCAUUAUAAUACUUUGAGAACAACUUGGGCUUAAAGUAAGGAAGUACUGUAUGUUUUUUAUGUUUUCACAUUUGUUUAUGCUAUUUUUUAUGAAUGCUCUUUAAAUAGAUUUGAAUAUCUAUAUUCCUGGAGGGAGAGACCAGGGCCUUGGGGUAGGUUUGGGAUGAAGCUGACUGCCUUUUGUAAAACGGCUUAAUCACACAAGAAACAAUCUGUAUAUCUGUAGAAUUCAGUAACUACAACAAAACACAUCAGGAAUCAAUGAAUCAAUCUGAGAAUGUGGUGGGCAGCACUGCAGUGAAAAAGAGAGCUGCACUUGUCACAUCCUGAUUAGUUUUGGGUUAAAAAAAAAACCUUCCCUUAUCCAACAAGCAGUCAAGGAGAGGAGCAGACAAUCUCCUGUAUAAGCACAAAUUAAAGAAAUCCACCCCUCUGCAUUUAGGCUGAUGGCUCUGAUGGAAAAAGUCAGUUUAGGCACCAGUUCACCCACCCACCAUCCGCCUCCCUUUUCAGUUCCAGUACAGAAACCCAUCAGACCCUGGUGUCUCGAGCUCUCUGCAUGCUUGCUGUGUUAGUUCCUGUGUUCUGUCCCUGGGAACUGGUGCUCCCCUCCUCCUCCUCACAGCACUGUUCCCUCCUUUAGCUUUUUCAAAUUGUACUGUAGUUUAUGUGAAUGAUGUUGGAAAAAAAAGAAAAGAAAAAAUCUUUGUGGCGACGUACAGUACAUGUACAUUCAUGCUAAGAUUAUCUGUAUGUAUGUAGCAUUCAAUUACACACAGCACUAACAAAUAAAUUUUUUUCAUUUAUAAACUUACACGAGUCAAGACCUUAUUGAAGGAGAGUUCUUGACACAUCACGCUGGUGAUGGCGUGGCCAGAGGCGUCGUGUUUUCAGGUUGCCAGUCCGUCUGUCCACCCGUCCCAGUCUCAUGAACAUGAUAUCUCUGGAACGCCUGGAGGGAAUUUCUUCUAAUGUGACUCUGACUCAAGAAUGAACUGAUUUGAUUUUGAUUGGUCAUAGGUCACUGUGACCACACAAAACACAUUUUUGACCAUAACUCAAGAAUUUGCAGGCUAACUAUAACAAAAUUUCACACAAAUGUCUCAGGAUAAAAUGAUGAAGUGAUGACAGUUUGUCUUCAAAGGGUCAAAGGUCAACUUCACUGUUACAUCAUGAUGUUUGUGCAACUUUUCUGGCCAAUAUUCAGCACCAUAGCUCAGCAACACAAAGCAAAUUGUGGUCAUAAUUUCACAUUUGCUCAGAUACUGAACUGAUGACACUAACCUUGAAACUGUGCUGAUUGUAAAGAUCUUCUUUGCUGCAGCGCUGAAGAUGUGUGAAGCAUCCACGUCCACAUCCAUAUUGGAAGUUCUGCUGAUACAUCACAUGGUGUCUUUGCACCAUGUGAUGAAGCUCUCUAUCAGUCCUCUGUGCUCCGGAAAAAUACAACAUGU